AUGGAGGCUCCGUUAGGUGGAUCCGGAUCCGGACCCGAGAGGGACAAAUCCACCACUCCUCCCUCCGCUUCUCCGAUCUCCGUCGUCUCCGCCUGCUGGAAAGAUUUUGAGUUAGAGAAGGAGAAAUCUGUACUGGAUGAGCAAGGGCUUCGAAUUGCGGAGAAUCAGGAGAACAGUCAGAAAAAUAGACGCAAGCUUGCAGAGAACACUAGAGAUUUUAAAAAGGCUUCGCCUGAGGAUAAGUUAAGUUUGUUCAAUUCCUUGCUUAAGGGCUACCAGGAAGAGGUUGAUAAUCUUACUAAGAGAGCCAAGUUUGGAGAAAAUGCUUUUCUCAACAUCUAUCAAAAGCUCUAUGAAGCUCCGGAUCCUUAUCCGGUUCUUGCAUCAAUUGCUGAGCAAGAUCUCAAGUUAUCUGAGCUUGAAUCUGAAAACCGGAAAAUGAAAGUUGAGCUUGAGGAGUUCAGAACAGAGGCAACUCACUUGAAAAAUCAGCAGGCUACAAUUAGGAGACUUGAGGAGAGAAAUAGGCAAUUAGAGCAACAGAUGGAAGAGAAAGUGAAAGAAAUUGUGGAGAUUAAACAACGAAGUCUGGCAGAAGAGAACCAGAAAACAAUGGAAGUUUUGAAAGAAAGGUAUAUGUUUGUAGUAUUCUUACCAUUGCCAAUGUGGACCAUUGAAAGAAGGUCUGACAGGGAAAGGAGUGGCAAUGUUUCCAUUAGCUUUCUAUUUUCUGUGAGCGGGGGAGAGUCUAUGUUUGUGAGUUCUGUUUCUGAUAUUAGGAAUUAUCCCUCUUUCUCUACAUUCAAAUAUGACAUUCCUGGGGAACAAGCACUACAAGACCAGUUGCAGCAUGCCAAAGACAGUGUUUCUAAUAUGCAGAAACUGCAUGAGAUUGCACAGAACCAGUUGUUUGAACUUCGUGCCCAAUCUGAGGAAGAGAGGGCAGCUAAACAAUCAGAGGUUAGUCUUCUGAUGGAUGAAGUGGAGCGCGCACAAACAAGGCUUCUUAGUUUAGAAAGAGAGAAGGUCAUGAUCAAAUUUAAAAUAACUAAGGCUCUGGGGGUUCUCCGAUCUCAGUUGCAAACAGCAAAUGAAGAUACUGAAACUAAGAAUAGUGACAGCUUUGACUCAACUAGUGCACUUGAGAAUUCUUUAAAUGCCAAAGAAAAGCAAAUUUCUGAAUUGAACACGGAACUACACAAUAUUGAAACAACCUUAUCAAAUGAAAGAGAUGAACACAUCAAUGAUGUCAAGAAACUUACUGCAAUGCUCAAUGAAAAGGAGGCUGCCCUUGAGGAGAUGAAGAGAGAACUUCAAGCAAGGCCAACUGAAAAAACAGUUGAUGAUUUGCGAAAGAAAGUGAAAAUUUUACAGGUGGUUUUGUUGUUCUCUGUAUUUAUCAUUUUGGUGAGCUCUUGUAACUUCACUAUUUAUGUAACAACUUGUGAGCUAUACAUGCAGGCAGUGGGUUAUAAUUCAAUUGAGGCUGAAGACUGGGAAAUGGCCACAAGUGCGGAAGAGCUGAGCAAGAUGGAGUUUCUUCUUCUUGAUAAGAACCGUAAAAUGGAACAUGAGCUAACACAGAUGAAGGUCACACUUUCUGAGAAAACAUCUUUACUGGAAACAGCUGAGCAGAAGAUAGCAGAACUUACAACAAAAGUUAAUGAACAACAAAAAUUGAUACAGAAGUUGGAAGAUGAUAUAUUGAAGGGAUAUAAUUCCAUUUCAAAAGAUCGUAAAGGGAACUUCCUUGAUGAUUGGGAUCUUUCAGAAGCUGGAGGCGGUGAAGCUUCUGAGCAUACGGACCAAAGGCAAAUAUCUCUGGACCAAGAUCAGAGCUCAAUGCUUAAAGUGAUUUGUAAUCAAAGAGAUCGAUUUAGGAACCGCUUGCGAGAGACAGAAGAGGAAAUAAGGCAGUUGAAGGAGAAGAUUGGGGUAUUAACAGUUGAACUGGAAAAGAGUAAAGCUGAUAAUGUCAAACUAUACGGGAAGAUUCGUUAUGUACAAGAUUAUAAUAUUGAGAAAGUGGUUUCGAGGGGUUCUAAAAAGUAUGCUGAAGAUCUUGAAAGUGGUUUCACGUCAGAUGUCGAAUCUAAAUACAAGAAGAUAUAUGAGGAUGAUAUAAAUCCUUUUGCUGCAUUCUCGAAAAAGGAAAGGGAUCAAAGAUACAAGGAGUUGGGAUUCAGGGACAGAAUUACACUCAGCAGUGGACGUUUUCUCCUUGGUAACAAGUAUGCCCGAACUUUCGCAUUCUUUUAUACCAUUGGAUUGCAUAUCUUGGUCUUCACCUGUCUCUACCGAAUGUCUGCUCUCAGUUAUCUUAGCAAUGGCCCAGAGGAAUUCCUUGUUGGAGAGAAAAACGUUGAUCUUCCACGUGGACUGUAG